AUGGAGAAGAGGAAGCGGGUCCUGGAGCUGCGGGACCGGCUGGACCGGACGCUGGCGAUGCCCGACCUCGCGGAGGAGGCCUCGCUCAGGGCGCUGGUCAAGAAGCAGAUCCUGGCGUCGUCCCUGUCCGGCUCCGAUCAAGGCGAUAUCGAUCUCAUCGCUGAGACGCGGGCCAGAGAAGUCUCCGAGUUUCUUGAAAUGCUGAAUACUUCAAGGGAUGGGCUAUCUUCAAAGGUUCGUGGGGUGCCACAGAAGGAGUGGAAGGUGAAGCAAGAUACAGACCAAUUAAGAGUUAUGUACCGUGAGGGUCCAGAUGGGACCCCAUUUCACACCCUUCUUGCUGAAGGCUUUGCUGAUGGACCUAUUGACGUUUGUACAUGUGUGUCGUGGGAAUCAGCUCUAUACAAAAAAUGGUUUCCACAAUACAACCUUCCAACUUUUAGAAUUGAUCAGUCAGGCUGCUUGAAAAAGGUCCGAAUUGGUGAAGAUAUUUGUAUGGUCAGGGUGAAGGUUCCAUGGCCAGUUUCAGAGAGAGAGGCUCUUCUACACUAUUUUGAAUUGGAAUAUCUUAAAGAAGAUGUCGUCAUUGUGAUAAUGAAAACUUUAUCAGACUUGGAUGGCAUAGAUGUACGAACUCAUGGAUUUAGUAGGGAUGGAAUUCCUGAAGCUGGUGACACGGUUCGAAUAGAUGUGUUUGGAGGCUUUGUAUUGCAAAGGAUUACAAAAGAAAGAAGCUUUUUCAGGGCAAUAGCUAAUAUGGAUAUUAAGCUAGAUUUUGUUCCACCAUGGUUGAUCAACUUCAUAUCAAGGCAACUAAUUGGCAGCGGGCAUAAGCUGUAUCAGAAGGCAGUCAGUACUGUGGCCACUCAUGAUGAUGACUACAGGAAAGCUUUGAGAGGCCCACUCUAUGUCAGAAUCCGUGAAUACCAGGAUUCUGAUGACAAAACAAAAAGUGAGAUUGUUGAGGAGGAGACUGAACAGAACACAUCCAUCAAUGUGGAUAAUCUUCCUACUAGCCAUCCCUAUGAACCAGUUGAGCAAGCACAACAGGUCGAAAAUAAACCUUAUAUCAGUCCUGAGGUAGAGCGUGCAUUGUGCAUAUUGGACAGUGCUAUUGCAGUUCUCAAAGGCGAUAAGGCUGGAAAUGUUACCACGCUACAAAAUUUGCUCAGUUAUGAUGCAACUUUGGAAGAGAGUACUGCUGGUUUGAGAACUUCACAAACAAACAUUCUUAAUGCAGACAAUCUUCUGAUUGACCAUCCUAUUACCACAGUGCCACAAGACUCCAGAGAUACCCGACAAGCACAUUCAUUGGCCAGUGAGAAAAUUAGCAAUAGUGCAGAAGACGCCAUCGACAAAAAUUCUCUGAAAAAUUCGACAGCUUCUACCGUAACAAAGACUAUGUCAAUGACAUUGCGAAGUGCAAUAAGGGUGCAUGGUGAAGAGAGCCUAGACACUAAUGGCUUCCAUCAGAAUGGUUCCGGCAACAACAAAGAGUCAAAACCAGCAAGGAAGACCAAGAGAUGGCUCUGCUGCUUAACCCCUACCACCAUUGGAUGA